AUGCCUUCGUCUGCUGCUGCCAUGGAGGAUCUGAGCGCUGUGAUGGACAUCUUUGUGCGCGAAUUCUGCGCCAACUGUGAAGGAGGCGCGGGGAGCGUCUCCAUGAGGAAGCACGCGCUGCAGAAUCUGCUCGUGAAGCACAUGCGUCCCUAUCUGGCGGGUGCGUGUGACCCGCAUGAAGUGCGCAAGAUCAUGGGGGAUCUUCACGAGAACCAAGGCGCCAGUGUGGACUUCCAAGCGUUCAUGGCCACGUGGACGCGAAUCCUCGUGGCCGGCCAUGCCCCAUUCCAGGAGCGCGUGUUCCUCACCAAGGGGCCCUGUGGCCGGCCCAUUUCUGCUGAUAAGCCCAAAUAAAUCUCUUUAAAAUAUAUAAAAGGAGAUUGCUAAUAAAAUUGCUGGC